UGAAGACUCGUUAGAGAACGCCUGCGCAACCGAAGAAAACGGGCCUUAAUAUGCGACCGCCCCCGUGUGGCCAAACCAAAGCGAACAGCUGAGAAAGACGAAGGCCAUCCGCUUUCACUAUUACGUCAGACGUAGCUUGUCAUGUCUUCCCCAAUCCAGAGCUCAGCAGAGGAAACGGCGCCAAGCUGGAAGAGAAGGGGGCGUGGCCUCAAUCCGGUUACGCAGAAACGUUUUUUUCUUGACUGCUGUAUAAUAGUUUAGAAUUCCUACACCGGCCCUCCCCAAACGGCAAAGCGCUUUCUUUUCCGUCACGUGACCAAUGGGAGACUCAUUCUGAAGAGGGGAGAUGGCCAUGAGGAAGAGGAAACGAUCAUGCUACAUGGAACAUGCCUGUUUUCCUGAUGAGACGCCUAGAGAGGAAGAGAAGAAAAAUCCUCAUGCUCCAGUGGCUGCUGCUUCUAUUUCAGAUGCCUGGCAUCAUUGUGGUGAUGGAUUUCAGAUUUCAUCUUCAUUGGAGGCUAAAGAAUCUUUAAGAAAACCAGUUAGAGCUAAAAAGUCUUUUGCAACAUUGCUUAGCUCAAGUGAAGAAAUCUCUAAAACUGAGCACCUUUGUGAAUUUACUGACAUUGUAUGGAGUUCCAGUGGAAGUGAAUUUUCAGAUGAGGAAAAUGACAUUGCAGCCUCAGAUUCUCUUUAUAUGAAAAUGAAGAAAUAUAGAAAGUAUGCCUUGAUCUCCAAGGAAAUGUGUAGUAAAGAACCUGAAUUCAUUGAGUGGAAGAAUGAUAGUGAUUAUGAGCAUGAUGAACAAUGUAGUGAAUCGGAAGGUAAUGAAGCUCCUUUGGAUAUAUUGGACACAGAUUCAUGCACAAACAGCACUUUCAAAGCCGAUGGAGAGAAGGAAGAUGAACCCUCAAAGAUUUCAGAAUAUUCAUCAGAUGAUGACAAUUUUGAAGGAAACAAUGUAGAAACAGAAGCUACUAAUUUAGAGUUUUCUAAAAAGUUCCAGUUCUGUUUUGGAGUAGGGUUUGAAACAGAUACAGGAAGAUCAGCCACUGACUGGCUAAAAUCUGCUCAGACCCUUCUACAAACUCCUAAGAAAAAAAUUGAAAAAAGUUUGAAGACUCCAGAAGAUUCUGCAAAAAAAAGAAAAUUGCUGAGGGGAGGGCUAGCAGAAAGGUUGAAUACACUUCAAAAUAGAAAGAGAUCCACAGUAAACUUUUGGAGGCAUCAAUGUACCUCUCACCAUGAAACACUGUCAGGUGGCAAACCUGGUGUAUUAAUUGUGAAGAUCUUAGAAAUGCAUGAAGAAUGCACUCUUUGCAUAGCUAUCUGUCAUCAACUGGGCCAAAUUUGUGCUGAUGGUUCUAUCAUAAAAGAAAUUGUUGAAAUUCAGCCAAGACUUAAAGUUCUUUUUGCAAAAGAAACAACAGCUCAUUUGAAGGCAGUACCACAGGACGUCAUAUAUAUUCAUCCUCCUUGGCAAAAACUCUUUCUGCAGAAUGAAAAUAUUCCAGUUAUCUUGAAUACAUAUUUCAGUCAAAAGGUCACUCUUAAAGAAUCAACAGAUAUACCUACUGAUAUGGACAAGCCCCUCUUGCAAGAGCCAAUGCUUGCUAAAAGGAAUGUAUCUUUAGCCUGGGUAUUUAAUUUAUCUGAUAUAAAAGACAAUUGCUCUUUAACACCUGCAAAUCCGAUUUCCUGUUCCAAUAUGAAGACUUCUAAAAAUACAGAGAAUUGUUUCAAUAUUGAAUCUAAGGAAUCAGUUAUUUCCUUGAAUGAUUCUCUUCUUGAUGUUGUGGAGAUGCAAGGGACAACUGAAAGCACUGCAAUCCAAGUCCAAGUAGUUAUUCAGAGAGUCUAUUAUUUGGCUGUUGAAGAUGGUUUCAGAUGUCAACCUCAUGGAAGUAAUCCUUCCCAGAACAUGGCACCAUUUUUAAAAUCAGACCUUCAGAAUUUAAGGUUGUGUCUGCUGGUUCAGGACAUCUAUGGAAUAUUUAGUGAAAUACAGCUUCCAGUUCUAUGUUCCUCUUCACAACUGAUAGAACAAUAUAGAAAAAAAUGGGAAGGAAAAUGCUGUCAUGUUUCUAGACUGAAAAUUUUGCGAAGAGUCACCAGGGGAAGAACUCUAGGGCUUUUUAGCCUGAUUGACAGUCUGUGGCCACCAUUAUCACCUCUUCAAGUUCCGGGCAAGAGACAAGAAAAUAAAGGACACAUUACUGCUAACCAGCUUCCUCCAAGUUUCUGUUACAUUCUUGCUGCUUCUGCUGAUUACAUUGAUGCAGAUGAAAGAGAACAAUUGUCAAAUUUAUAUUUCCCCCCAGCUGUUCAUAGUCUCAAGGAAGUUUACCAGAUGGGCGAUUUACCUCAGCGUUGCAGUUUUUGGGCAUAUGUUAUAUAUCGAAGACUGCAGGAAAUGGGCAGCACUUCCCCAGACCAAAGGCAAUUUUGGCUAUUUGUCACUGAUUUCUCACUGCAAAGAGAGUCUGAGAUCAAUUCUGGAACCCCCAAAACGCUACCUGUCUCAGUUUCUUCAUCAUGUGUGAUUGAUGUGGAAGUAAUGGAAGCAUUCAAGAGCUCAUCCCCUUGUAUUGUUUUCUUCAAGGAUGCUAUGUGUGGAAAUGGUAAGAUUAUUUGCAUUGAACGUACCGUUCUCUUGCUACAAAAGCCCCUUUUGUGUAGGGCUGGUGGUGCUGACAUCACUGAACUGACUGGUCCUGUCAAACUAGAUUAUCUGGAUUCUACUACUCAAAUUAAUUCUAUUUGUACUGUAAGAGGUACUGUAGUUGGCAUUAAUGAGAGAACUGCUUUCUCUUGGCCUAUAUGUAACAGAUGUGGCAAUGAAAAAAUAGAUCAGCAUCCACAAGACAAAGGGUUACUCUAUUGCAGCCAUUGCUGUGAAGUUGUAACUUCACCAGUUAUCAAGAUGCAUCUGGAAGUCUUUUUGAGUUGCCAAUCCCAAUCAAAUUCUACAGUAAAAAUCAAGCUAUUACAGAAGUCUAUUUCUUCACUUCUAGAAUCAGCAACCAUGGAUGAUGGGAGUUAUGAAGUAACGAGUGUGCUGAGGAAAGAGGUGGGGUUUUUGAAUUGUUAUGUCCAAUCUAUAACCAGCCACCCAUCUAGUUGUAUUGGAUUGGAAGAAAUUGUUCUCUCGGAGGCCUGAAAGAACUGAAGGGAAUAUUGUCUGCUUCUGUCUAUGAUUUUUCUAACAUAUUUGUAACUGUACUCAGCUCUUCUAUGCUGCUUUUGAAAUCAAACUGUUGUGCCUUUUUUAAAAAUACUCACAUUAGGCAUGUGUCAGGGAACAGUAACCAUGAACAAAUCUCAAUUCAGGUGCAAUUGUCAUUUCAAUGAGAGGAGUUAAAUGCACAUUCUUAAAUCUUUUCUCAAGAAAUUAAUGGAAUUCACAUACACAGAUGUCUGGUCCUCAUAUAGCACUUAAAAGGAAACCUAUUUUUUUCCAGCAGUGGCUUCGUUUUGUUUUUUGUUCUGGAGGUUAUAUUCUGUAAUGAGUUCAGGGGUUGAAAUAAUUUUUGACUAACUGAAUGUUAAAUGUAAGUUUUUGAAAGGUUUUGAAAUUAACUUCCAAAUUGUUAAUCUAGAGGUACAUUUUCUUAAUUGACUCGCAUGUAAAUGUAGGCUAAGUGUUCAGAUACAGUAUGUUUGACCUGACGUAGCAUGUAUUUUUUAUCAUUACAAUUAAAUAUUAUGAAAGAAGAGUAUAUAUGAACACAGGCAUAUGUCAGCAAUAAUCAUUAUUUAAAUAAAGAAUUAUUUAGAUCUUGUAUUUUUUAAAACUUUUCUAUAAAGUAGAUUAAUAUAUUGUAAUUAAAAUGGUUAUACCUUCUGCUUGUA